UCAAACACGAACUACAUUGGUUGUUGUACAUCAAUACAACACAACACUUUACUAUAAACACACACAAAGAUCACCAGAAUUUUUACAUUUUGUUUAUCAAACACAACAACGUAAGAAACUACUGUAAAAUUCACACACACAUCUCGUAAAACAGCACCAGCAUCCCAUAAAAGUUCGAAAUCUGAAACAUUAAAGUUAACACCUGCAGUCUGUAAAUAGAGUGGUCGUUGAUAGAUUCGUGUUGCGAUUGGUGUUGUACCUCACAUCGUCCAACUGUUGAGAAAAAAUGGUCAAAAGGGCUGUCUUUCUUGCUCUGGAUUUGCUUGCAGCUCUCCAGUUUCUACUAUUGCCGAUGCUUUCUAAUGCUCAAAUAAAGGGAAGAAUGGCGACGGUGUUGAGUAUUGAUGGAGGCGGCAUAAGAGGGAUCAUCCCUGGAACAGUUCUAGCCCACCUUGAAUCCAAACUCCAGGAAAUAGAUGGUCCGAAUGCAAGAAUUGCAGAUUAUUUUGAUCUAAUUGCGGGAACUAGCACAGGCGGUCUGCUUACCGCUAUGCUGGCUGCUCCCGGUAAUGAUAAUCGGCCACUGUAUGCUGCCAAAAAUCUCACUAGGUUCUAUUUCGAGCACUGUCCCAAAAUCUUCCCAGCGAGUCGCCGAAACAACUUUGUGAACAUCAUUGCGAAUUUGCUUGGCGGCCCAAAGUAUGAUGGGAAGUACCUGAAAUCAUUGAUUCGGAAACUGCUAGGCAAUGUGACAGUGAGCCAGACGUUGACGAAUGUAGUGAUCCCCACAUUUGAUCUCAAGCACCUGCAACCUAUUAUCUUCACCACCAAAGAGGGAAAGGCAGAUGUUUCCAAGAAUGCUCUAAUGUCAGACAUCUGCCUGGGGACCUCUGCUGCUCCUACUUAUCUCCCGCCUCACUUUUUUGAGACCAAAGACGCAAAGGGAAAAAGGCGAACCUUUGAUCUCAUCGAUGGAGGGGUUGCUGCAAACAAUCCAACCUUAAUGGCCAUUGUACAGAUUUCCAGAGAAAUCUUGGGGGGGAACUUUGAACUAAUGAACAUGCAGCCGAUGGACAGCAGCAGGAUGCUGGUGCUGUCAUUAGGCACCGGCACGCCCAAACAUGAAGAGAAGUAUAAUGCAAGAGAAGCGACCAACUGGGGCUUGCUCAGCUGGCUAUACUACAAGGGAUCCACCCCACUGAUCGAUAUUUAUGGAGACGCUAGUUCUGACAUAGUCGAUAUCCAUGUCUCGACCUUUUUCCAGUCCUUUGGCAACGAAAAGAAUUACCUUCGUAUUGAGGAGGAUAUGUUGUCUGGGGAGGCAGCAUCUGUUGAUAUCUCAACCACACAGAAUAUGCAGAGACUUGCCAAUAUAGGUAAAUUGCUGCUGAAGAAACAGGUUUGUCGAGUGAAUUUGGAUACGGGCAGGCAGGAGCCGGUUAAAGGGGUAGGCACAAACGAGCAAGCUUUGGCCCGCUUUGCAAAGCUGCUAGCCCAUGAGAAGAAGUCCCGGAAGAAAGUUGUUCCACAUAAUUAACAUCCACUUAAUUUGAUUCUUAAUGUAUUUCAUUCAACACCUAUACUACAUAAUAAAGUCAGAGUGCGGGAAAAAAAAUGAAUUUUGUUUGUCACGGGAGAGAAUAAUAUAUUUUUGUAGAAUUAUUUGGUAUGGUCGAAAUGAAAGUACGUUUUGAA